UGUCAAACUAAAAGAAUAUGAAAUAACAAACGCAAAGAGAAGAAAGAUUAAUAAUCCUGCUCUGGAAGAGCUUUUUAAGAAAUAUGGUAUGAGUUGGAAUCAAAAAGAAUUUGAAAAAGAAU